ACAAUCAACUUUAUUUAACCUGGAAGUUAAUGUCUCAUUGUUUUCAUUGUUCUAAAUAAACACCUUUUCCCUUGAGUAUUGUUCUAAAAAUUUUGAAGUCGUCUGAAAAAUCUUUUUCUGAUUUUUCACGGUUGUGUUGAUGAUAUGCGAAAAGGAAUACAGAUGGUAUUUAAUUAUGAACAAGAAAAGGUGUUAAAUAUCAUUAGUCAUUAGAAAUUUGCAAAUUAAGACCACAAUGACUAACACAUAUAUAUCAGAAUAGCUAAAAUAAAAAUAAAACAUCAAACGCUGAGGAGCAUGAGUCAAAACUAGAGCUUUCACACAUUACUGGUGGGAAUGUAAAAUCGUACAGCUAUGCCAAAAAGGAGUAUAGUAGUUUCUUAAGAAACUAAAGGAACCCAAGUCCCCAGGCCUGCAGUCUGGGCCAAGGUCACAGGCCCUGGAUCAAUCAGGAUGGGGUUCAAGAGCCUUCCUGGGGCCAUCCAGUGUCCAAGGUGCCCUUUGGUAGCCUCAUCUGCCCCUCAGCCCCUGAGCACGCCCCUCUGUGCCUCCAAUCCUCCCUGUCACAGGGACAUCUGUCACAGAGCCAUGCCCCACCUCCUGCUUUCCGGAGAUGCCAACUGCCCUCCCCAUCUCUGGGUCCUGACCAAGGUGCUCUAAUGGACACCCCCUGACCCAGGUCUCAGGGAGCUGCCAGCACGCUGGGUCCCUAAAGCUGAGAUCCAGCAAGACACAUGUGGCCUGAGGGUCCCACUCUCUGGCUGGCAGAACCCAGAGGUGGGAGCACACUGGAGUGUCCUUCAGGGCAUCUUCACCCCAUGAGAGGGCUGGGGGCUUUGGGAGUUUGCAGCUGGCAGGAGUGAGGGCCCAGUCUCCUAUCUCUGAUGCGUCCUUGGUCAAAUCCUGUGCCUCAGCCUGCAGGGCCUAUCGUGGUCACCACGUGAAUGUGUUCCCUUAGUCUGGGAGCCCCAAGCAGGCAGCACCCCCUGCCAACGACUUCAGGGCAUCUGGAAGUGGAGGCUGAGAGGUCUCCCACUUCGCAGAGCUGGGCUCUGGCCCAGAGGCCUUCUCGUUGGCUCAGGUGGUCUCUCGGGCUCCUGGGGCCACAGAUCAGGGGACAAACACGGGCAGCUCUGCUCUGCUCUGCCUAAAGAGAGAUGCCCAGUGAAUGCAGGUUCCAGACAAAAGGUGGAGCCUGGCAUCCUGCCCUGCGUGGGCUCCAGCCUGCUGCCAUCUGGGGAAACUGAGUCAUGGCGAGGCUCAAGGAUGUUUCUCAGACCACACCAGUCCCUGAAGGUCCCCUGACCUCCCAAUUUUGAUGGACAGUAAGAAGAGGUUCCCAGGCCGCCUGCCACAGGUUCUGACUCGGCCUGGGUUAGGGUAAGUCUCCGGGCUGCUGUCCUCAAAAGCCCCAUCAGGAGGCUGUGUCAGGCCAGGCGCACCGUGGUGACAGCAGCACGGACUGAGGGUUCUGGCCACGGGAGAGGUCAGGACGCGGGGAGGUCAGGUCCAGGAGGAGGGCACUGGCCGGCACAUGGUGGGGCUGGAGAGACCCUGGGCGGGGUGGUGGGAAUGGCCCAGGAGGAGCUCCGACUCCUGUGGCUGGAGUGAGGGUGUGGGCUGUGGUGGGAGAGGGGGUGAAGGUGGAGAGAACAGGGGCCCAGAGGCCUGUGCUGUAGGAAGGACUAGUGAGGACUUUCUGGUGGGGGGCUCUCAGAGAAGAGGAGGCCGGAGGGGCUGGGGGUCCCCAGGACUGCAUGCGCCAGGCAGACGGAGGGGAGGCCGAGCCAGGAGCUGCAGGCUUCUCAGUGCCAGACCAAUGCCGCCCUCCGCUGGCCGUGUGGGGAAUCGCGCCUAGGCUGGGGCUCCCCUGGCCCCAGGUUAGGGGGACUCCGAUGUGUCCUGGGGCGCUUCCUGCCCAUCCAGCCUCCGCCAGGCAGCCUGGCCCUGAAUGGCUUUGAGGGCAGCCUCCGCGGCAUAGUACCUGCCUCCGCCCUGUGGGGCAGAUUUGGGCGUCUGACUCUGGACACUUACCCAGAGGCUGAAUUCAACUCCCCAGCGAAGAGCACACUCAGACUCCCUCCCCGCUGUGCCCAGCCUGAGGGGACCCUGGCUGGGACUUGGGAGGAGAAGGCCAGAGGCCAGGGCCUGGCUCUCAGGCACUAGGUGCAGGAGAAAAUGGAGCAGAGUUCCUGCAGGAACUGCCUCAGACUGCCCCCAGGGGGACCUGGCCUGGAACCCUCCCUGUGCUACCAGGCUGCUGUUGGGGCCAGGAGGGCAGGGAGAGCAGCCACCUGUACGGUAUCAAGUAACACUAUCAGUCAGCACACCCAACACCCACACGACAGCCACAGCCCUCUGCCCUGAGGCGGCUGCAAGUGAGCAGAGUCUCCUGUCUUGUUCACCCUGAGCGCGGAGCUCCGCACAGGACAGGAUCAGAGCGCAAACCAGGAACAAAUGGAUGAACCAAGGAAGGGGCCAGGGCAGUAGGUCCCCACCCACACCCUGAACUCUAAGGGUGGGACUCAGAGGCUGGAGACGGGCUGGCCCCAGGAUCCUCUAAGUGACAGGAACCCUUGGCCACUGUUGAUUGCCCCGAGGCGGGGACAGGGAUGGUGGGGCUGGGGCUGCCUGGCCCUUUAAGAGGGCAGUUCUGCCCGCCACCCUGAAUGCCCCUCCCCUAGCUACUGGAGAAGAGAUCCCGUUUCUUGGCAACAGGAAGCUCUUGGUUUACACAGUGUCACCCAAGCGACUGGGAGCCGCGUCCUGCUCUGGGACUGAGCCGUUGGAGCUGCCCCGCUGACCGCACUAGGCUGACCGCAACUGGCUGACCACACACACUCCUCACUCCCCUGGCCCUGGUGGGCGGCAGGCACCAUGGCGCAGACAGUGCCGCCCUGUGAGCUGCCCUGCAAAGAGUACGACGUGGCCCGCAACACGGGCGCCUACACGUCCUCCGGCCUGGCCACCGCCAGCUUCCGCACCUCCAAGUACCUGCUGGAGGAGUGGUUCCAGAACUGCUAUGCUCGCUACCACCAGGCCUUCGCCGACCGCGACCAGUCGGAGCGGCAGCGGCACGAGAGCCAGCAGCUGGCCACAGAGACCCAGGCGCUGACGCAGCGCACGCAGCAAGACUCCACGCGCACAGUGGGCGAGCGACUGCAGGACACGCACGGCUGGAAGUCGGAGCUGCAGCACGAGGUGGAGGCGCUGGCUGCGGAGACCAACUUGCUCCUGGCCCAGAAGCAACGGCUGGAGCGCGCCCUGGACGCCACGGAGGUGCCCUUCUCCAUCACCACUGACAACCUGCAGUGCCGUGAGCGCCGCGAGCACCCCAACCUCGUGCGCGACCAUGUGGAAACGGAGCUGCUGAAGGAAGCCGAGCUCAUCCGGAACAUUCAGGAGCUGCUGAAGAGAACCAUCAUGCAAGCAGUGAGCCAGAUCCGACUGAACCGGGAGCACAAGGAGACCUGCGAGAUGGACUGGUCGGACAAGAUGGAGGCCUACAACAUCGACGAGACCUGCGGGCGCCACCACAGCCAGAGCACCGAGGUGCAGGCUCAUCCGUAUUCCACCACCUUCCAAGAGAGCGCCUCCACCCCGGAGACCCGGGCCAAGUUCACGCAGGACAAUCUGUGCCGUGCCCAGCGCGAGCGCCUGGCCUCGGCCAACCUGCGGGUGCUGGUGGACUGCAUCCUUCGCGACACCUCCGAGGACCUGCGGCUCCAGUGCGACGCCGUGAACCUGGCCUUCGGGCGCCGCUGUGAGGAGCUGGAGGAUGCGCGGUACAAGCUGCAGCACCACCUGCACAAGACGCUGCGGGAAAUCACAGAUCAGGAACACAACGUGGCGGCACUGAAGCAGGCCAUCAAGGACAAAGAGGCACCUCUGCACGUAGCCCAGACCCGGCUGUACCUGCGCUCGCACCGGCCCAACAUGGAGCUGUGCCGUGACACAGCCCAGUUCAGGCUGUUGAGUGAGGUGGAGGAGCUGAACAUGUCCCUCACAGCACUGCGAGAGAAGCUUCUAGAAGCGGAGCAGUCCCUGCGCAACCUCGAGGACAUCCACAUGAGCCUGGAGAAGGACAUCGCCGCCAUGACCAACAGUCUCUUCAUCGACCGCCAGAAGUGCAUGGCCCAUCGUACUCGCUACCCCACCAUCCUGCAGCUGGCUGGCUACCAGUGAGCAGCAGCACGGUGCUUCCCCCGAAUCCCCCAAAUAAACAGCACGUUAGCUUUC